CGCGCAGGAGGGGGGUACAUUAAUCAAGCUCAUGACGUCUCCUUCAGUUUUCAUCUGGAUAGUGACACCCAGGUAGUGCGCGCGGAGUAUAUGAGUCACGCAUUCGCUGAUAAAGGUCCUCCGGCGGCAGACAGCGUCACCCCUCCAACCGGUGUGUUGCCCCCACAGGUGCUACAGCGGGUAGGGAGGAGGGAGUUGGCCCCUUCCUCCUCUUAUUUCCACCUCAUCCCGCCGGACUCAUCACCCGUCCUGAUUGAUCGUCGGGUGUCUUCCCGGAGGAAGCCCUCCUGCGAGGAGGACAGCGCGCGGGGGCACAGACUACGUGGGCGAAUGAGGGAGUUCGGAUGCGGGAUUGAUGGGCAAACACCUCCUGCACGCGGCAGCAGCGGCAGCAGCAGCAGCAGCAGCGGCGCGCGCCGGGGUCCCCGUCCAGCAGUUCCCGCAAGCAGAGCUGCCUUCCGCCCGUGGGAAAAUGACAGUCAGGCUCGCGGUCACCUUUUUCACACUUCUUCUGCUCACCCGGGAUGCUCGUUCUGACUUACUGGAAUAUGGCGACGACGAGGAGGACCUCCACGACACCACCGUCAACCAGAUGCUGGUGCCCAGGUCUCACCAGGAGGACGCCACGCUCAUCCUCAACAACCUGCUGAGGGAGUACGACAAGACCCUGCGGCCCGACAUUGGUGAGAAACCGACCGUCAUUGACGUGGGUAUCUACGUCAACAGCAUCGGACCUGUGUCGUCCAUCGACAUGGAGUACCAGAUCGAUAUCAUCUUUGCCCAGACUUGGGUGGACACCCGUCUGCGGUAUAACAGCAGCAGCAUGCGGAUUCUGACCCUCAAUAGCAAUAUGGUCGGCCUGAUCUGGCUGCCCGACACCAUCUUCAGGAAUUCCAAGAACGCCGACUCGCACUGGAUUACGACGCCCAAUCAGCUGCUCCGCAUCUGGAACAAUGGAAAGAUACUUUACACACUGAGGAUGACCAUCAACGCAGAAUGCCAGCUGCAGCUUCAUAAUUUCCCAAUGGACGAACACUCCUGUCCUCUCGAGUUCUCCAGCUAUGGCUACCCGCGGGAUGAGAUUGUGUACAAGUGGAAGCGAAACUCAGUGGAGACGUCAGACCAGAAAUACUGGAGGCUUUACCAGUUUGACUUCAUGGGGCUCCGAAACACGACGGACGUGCUUAGGACCACGGCAGGUGACUAUGUGCUGAUGACGGUUUACUUUGACCUGAGCAGACGGAUGGGCUACUUCACUAUCCAGACCUACAUCCCCUGUAUUCUCACCGUGGUUCUCUCCUGGGUUUCAUUCUGGAUCAAAAGCGACGCCACGCCGGCCAGGACCACGCUAGGCAUCACUACAGUGCUGACCAUGACCACCCUGAGCACAGUGGCCAGAAACUCCCUACCCAGAGUGUCCUAUGUGACGGCCAUGGACCUGUUCGUCACCGUCUGCUUCCUGUUCGUCUUUGCCGCCAUGAUUGAGUACGCAAUGCUCAAUUAUUACUCCUACAGUAUACGCAGACCGCCUCCCAAGAUGCAGCGAAUGGCCUACUCAUCCUUCAACAUGGGUCGCACACCUCGAGCCAUGAUGCCAAUGGGCAACUCUUUGUUCUGGCACGACUAUGAUGACAACUGCCUGUACGAGUGCCUGGACGGAAAAGACUGCAAGAGCUUCUUCUGCUGCUUUGAAGAGUGUAAAGAAGGCGGCUGGAGGAAAGGACGGAUCCACCUCAACAUCCGGGAGCUGGAUUCCUACUCCAGGGUGUUUUUCCCCACCUCCUUCUUGCUUUUUAACAUAGUCUACUGGGUCAGCUACCUCUACCUCUAGUCUGAUCGGGCGGCCAUCUUUGGACCCUGCUGGAACAGCUCUCAUCGUUUCCCACCGCGACUGAAGACGUGAGGUCUCAACCAAGUAGUGGAGGAAAUUAGCUGGAUCUGCAUUAUGGGAAGUUUUUACAGACACACUUCUUCAAGGAUGAUAUUUUGAUGGCCAGGAUUUUUAAAAAUGGCUUUACUUCUCUGUCAGGAUGGAAAGACCGAUGUUAUAACUCUGAGGAAACCAAACUGUGACUUGAGAGAAGUUCGGGGACAGGGUUGCAAAGCUGAUCUUGGACAUCGAGAUAGCCAAGCACCCAUAGUGCCUUCUCUGGAAAGGGUGCGGCAACACAGUAUGCGGCUUCAGAGUUCCCUCCAUUUUUCUUUGUCACCUCAUAAGUCACAAGGCCGCAUGCUGAGCUGUCCAUCUACUGAUGAAACCAACCUGGAUCACAGUUUUUCACAAAUGGACAUGUCCAAAGUUAUUGCUUUUAUUUUGUAGCAGCUUAGUUUUAUUUCUAUGCUAGAAUUAGUUCUUUUCCUAUGGUAACAUCUCUCUUUUCUUAUAAAGCUGGACAUGAGUUUACAGCAACACCAACACAUCAGUUAGCUGUUUAAUACGAGUCGGCAGCCUGUUGUUACUGAUGUUUUACGACCACGGGACGCAGUUUACAACAUUCUUACACAACAAAUGUAUACCAACCAAACUAAACUUACAAAUCCCAGCCAGGGGCAUUUUAUGUAUGUUUAAAUACACAAAUAAGCUUAGCUAUAGGAGCGCUUUCAUUCAGAGCAGAUAUUUAGUUACUCUAUUAAAUAUGCUUAUUUAGAUUUUUUACUGUCAUUUUUAAUUUCCCAGUCUCUUUGUAAAUGAAAAGUUUGAUAUUUUGGGAGAUUUUUGUUUGUCAGUUGUUUUUCAGCUGUGUUCAGGAGUAUGGAUAACUUUAUAAAAGCUCAACUUCUACAUUUCCAUAUGUUGUGUUAUGGAUCUAGCUCUACUCCUGAAAGGAAUCUUCAUUUCAACACUUACACACUCCAGAAAUUCACAAAUAAGAUAAAUUACUAGAUUAGGAAAAUCUUUCAUCUACAAAAGACAAUCAGAGAAUCUGGUAAUUUAUUAUAAUAUUCCUCACAUAACCUUUUGCUUCUUCUGGUAAUUUGAUUGCCUAUUUACAGUGACACAUUAUGAGUAUCAAUGGUAAAGGUAUUUUUUUCUGUGCGAUGGUUGUGAACUUCAAUGUCUAGAACGAAGGUGAAGCUAAUAUUUUUUGCCACGUUUUAUGGGAACUGUGUGCCAAGUGAACUGUGAUUAAACUUGAACUUUUAAAGAAAAGUAUUAGACUACUUACUACCAUUGGACCAAGGUUUAGACAUUAGGUUUAGUAACUAGCUCUGACUGAGCCUGAAACCUUUUAGCUGAAUCUUACCAUGGGGAUUAACAUUUAAAGAAGCUUUACCAAAGCUAACCAAACAGCUAACUUCACACAAAUGGUCAGAACGCUGUGAAGUAAAAUUGGAAUAAAUUUAGUAGUCUUUAGCAAGAGGUGAGGUGAACUUUGAGUAAGGAAUUCAUAUUUUGAAACCUAUUUGAUUUACUAAAAAGUCUGUGCCUAGAAAAAGUGUCUGCCGCAUCGCUGAUUUCUUCAGUUUAUGCUUUUUAUACUAUUGUUUUAGAUUUGGCUAAAUAAAUAUCUAAAUAGAACCUAUUUUGCAACAUUAAGUUGGGCAGCUGAUCUGAAAAAGCCACCCAUUAUUCUCCUACCUAAAGAUAUGAAAGAACAGAGAAGAUAAUUGACAUUUAUUUGUUUAGAAAGGGUUAAAAAACUAUUUAGAUGACUUAAUAUCUUGUAGAACCCAGUAUAAAGUCUAAAGCCCUGCAGGCUUUUCUUGCCUCAGGUAAAAUCAGCAUCUAUGAUCUAAUAAUAUGAGAGAAUCUGAAGGAAAUUGAGUUUUAAGGUCAAACUACUACAACAAUAAAAAACACAACCUACCCUUAAACAUGUUAGUUCUUACUGGCCAAACAUUUUUGGUUUGAAAAUGGUUCCAUUAUGAAGGAGUUGAAAGACAAUGGCUAGCAACAAGAAUUAGAUUUUAAUUUCCUAAAAUAAAUACAACACGUCAGCUUUUUUCAUGGGUUCACUGAGAUAGUAGAAGGUUCUGGUAAUAAAUGCUUUCUGAUGGUGUUGCUUGCUUCCCUGCAACUUCCUCAGCCAGAAACAACACAUAAAUAGCUUUGUGUAAUGGUUGCAUGCACUGGAUGCAUUUCUCAAGUAAAUAAAAUUAGCAAGGAAGAAAGAAGCAAAUUUAUGACAACCAAAUCUGAUUCCUGGUGCUGAAAAUAGAAGCUCGUAGUGAAAAUCUGGAUAUUUACUGUAGACAAUAUAAAAAUCCUGUUCUGUGUAUGUACCAAUGUAUAAAGUAAGCAACAUUUAACAACAGUGUACCUGUUGACGCCUCUUUCCACCAGGAUCAAACAAAAGCUCCAUUCUUCAAGAUAAAAUUCGGUUACUGCACUUGUAUUUCCAUCAAGGAUCUUAUUCCGAAAAACAUCCAACAACUGUCUUAUAAAAAUGACCAAAAUCUCAGAAAAGUUUUCAAACUCCUUGUUGAAUCUGUGCCACAAAUGAUUAACCAAUUCAAUCCAUACUAGUAGGGUGUAUCUAAUAAAGUGGCCAGUGAGUGUAGGUGUCUAAUAUUGCCCAUGUGUGACACAAGAAACCCCAAGAGCCCUUGGAGUCCCUCAGAGGCAGCAGUGGCUUUGACAAAUGUCACUCUUAGACGCCGCAAGAAUGAGAAUGACUUUUUGUAGCUUAACCUUUGCCACCGAAAUAUUACACUGGUUUUCUUCUCUAAACCUCGGCAGCAACACAGAUCUCCCCGACAAAAUGUCAAACUAUUUAUUUAAAAAGCCCAUAAGCUGCCAUCGCGCCUGCAAACGGUGGAAACUGGCUUUGAAGGAUGCUAAUAGUCGUCAUCCCAACACAAAUGCAAACAUGAGAGACCCUGUGCUGCUCAUGAGCUAGCCAAGUUCACCAAUUUGAAAUGAUUAGCUCCUAUAUGAUGCUCCACGUUCACAUGGUGCACAGGGCAGAGCUGGAAAUGGAUGAUACAGGAUGUUUGCUGAUGGCUCUUGAUGGAGUCUCUCCGUUCCCUCCUCAAACAAAUAAAACCCGGCGCCAUAUGUUUGUGUACGGACCCAAACGUUCAGGCAAACAAGCGGACGGUGCCAGUGAGAUCUGGAACCCCUUUAUAGUUUUGUUGACUGUUCUAUGGCGUUUCUUGCGGGUUUUUUUGGCUUCAUAGAAUAAUCGGCUCCUCUUUUCUGUCCUCCUCCCCGCACCAACACACUUUCACCGGUAUUCGAAGCUUUUCUGUGAAACAUAUAUAAUUAAUGUUUCUAUUUUCAUACAGUUAUGGAAUGUAUGUUAGGUCAGUAGCAAGGCUGGAGUCGGUCUGGUUACAGUUCAGUCAGUUCGUGCCGCGUAAAUUAGUUUAUUUUUAGUGGGGCUUACAUAUUCAUAAAGCCUCCAUACCCAUUUGUGUCCUGUCCAGAGACUUGUAAUGGAAAAUAAACCCGCUUUGAGAGUUGCUAGAUGAACAGCAGAGGGGCUGUUACACUGUGGGCCAUUACUAUUAUGCUGAUUUACAGAUUAACUCAUGAGACAGUGGCAUUUCAUUAGUAUUCAGCAUAUUCAUCUCCUUAGAACUGACUGAACUAACCAGAGCUUGGCCAACACCGCAGUAAACCCUCCUCACCUCUGGUAUUUCUACUACACUUUAUAAGUGUCUUAGUCUGUUGAGAUACUUCAAUAAAACAAAAGAAAUCACUAUUUUCUACGUCUCAAUGAACAACACCUUGUCUGUAUCAAGCGACAGGAACCUGUGUUUGUAAAAGCUCUGUGGAGUCUGAGCGCUAAUCCAAGAUCAGCCCUAGUCAGCUUAAUGAAGUGGCUCCAGCGGCCGCCUUUUCCACCAGACCUCGUCGCCCCCAUUAAGGUCUGCUUGUGUCAGAGCUGCAGAGUCGGUCCCAUGGAAGUGGCAGAAAAUCACGUAUUACUGGGGGGGGUUUUCCCCCUUCCACAAAGCAAUUUGCUCGUGAUCGUCAGGGAGACCACGGGAGGGCGGGGCAGGGAGCACAGCGCCAAUGAGCCACACUGGUCUUGGAUCAGCCCUCCCAGAGGAAGCUUUUAUGAAAAUAGGAUCUUGGGUGAAAUUAAGCAUCUUUUCUAUUGUGUAGUAUCUUGCUUAUAUAAAUAAAUAAUGUUUUGGUCAAGUGUGA